CGGAAAAGCUGCCUCACGGGCGCACCCGCCGGCCCCUCCGCUCCCUCCCUCCUUCCCUCCCUCCCAGCACUCCCUGCCUGGCCCUCCCUUCCAGUCUCCGCUACGCCUUCCCAGAGGCAGCGGUUGCCGCAGCCUCGCCAUGUCCCAGCCGGGCCAGAAGCCCGCGGCCUCCCCGAGACCCCGGCGCGCUGCGGCGGCCCGCCACACCCAGGAGCAUGCCCAUGGAAAAACCAGCGGAUCGCCUUCCAAGACAGGAGAAAAGAAAGGAUCGGAUGAGAAAAAAACAACCAGCCUCGGGGACAGUCAGCCCUCCAGAACCCAUGCUGGUGAAACAGCCCUGGCCACCAAGGUAUCAACUUCCUCUGCUUCAACCAGCAAGUCUUCCAGUAUGAAUCCCACAGGAACCAAGGCCAUACCAGUCAGCAAACAACUGGAAGGACAGCAGUCUCCUAAAAAGAAAAGGCACAAAAAACAGGCUGUAAAAACAGAACUUGAGAAGAAGUCACAAUCAGCUAAGCCAUCUGCGGUUCAUGAGAAAAAAGCCGAAGAAGUAAAGCCAAAGGAACACACAGAGCCAAAAAGCCUACCUAAGCACUCAUCAGAGACAGGAAGCAAGAAGCAUGCUCAUAAGGAAAAAGCAGUUUCCAGAUCAAGCGAGCAGCCCACAUCAGAGAAAUCAACAAAACCACAGACUAAAUCACUGGACACAGUUUCCGAUGGUGGAAAGAGUGCAGUUGCUGGUGUAGCUGCAGCAUCUGGCAAACCAGCUGACAAGAGUAAAGAAAAUAAAUCAUUAACGUCAGCUGUACCAGUUGAAUCCAAACCAAGUAAACCACCUGGAAAGUCAGGCAUGGAUACUGCUUUGGAUGACUUAAUAGACACUUUAGGAGAACCUGAAAGAACUGAAGAAGAUAAUACAACGUAUACUGGACCUGAAGUUUUGGAUCCAAUGAGUUCUACCUACAUAGAGGAAUUGGGUAAAAGAGAAGUCACACUUCCUCCAAAAUAUAGGGAACUUCUGAAUAAAAAAGGGAUCACAGGGCCUCCUCCAGACUCUUCGAAACCCCUGGGGCCUGAUGAUGCCAUAGAUGCCUUGUCAUCUGACUUCACCUGCAGCUCUCCUGCCGAGGAUGGAAAGAAAACUGAGAAGGAGAAACCUACAGGAGAGGUUUUAAAAGCUCAGUCAGCGGGGAUAAUCCAAAGUGCUGCUCCACCCCACGAGAAAAAGAGAAAGGUGGAGGAGGACACAAUGAGUGAUCAAGCACUGGAAGCUCUGUCAGCUUCGCUGGGCACCCGGAAGCCAGAACCUGAGCUGGACCUCAGCUCCAUUAAGGAAGUGGACGAGGCAAAAGCCAAAGAAGAGAAACUAAAGAAGUGUGGUGAAGAUGACGAAACAGUUCCUUCGGAGUACAGAUUAAAACCAGCCACGGAUAAAGAUGGAAAACCACUCCUUCCAGAGCCUGAAGAAAAACCCAAGCUCCUGAGUGAAUCAGAACUCAUUGAUGAACUUUCAGAAGAUUUUGACCCAUCUAAGUGUAAAGAAAAACAACCUAAGCCAACUGAAAAAACAGAAGAACCUCAGGCUGCGGGCCCUGCUCCCGUGGGAGAGGCUGUGCCUCGGACCUCCCUUUGCAGUGUGCAGUCGGCACCACCCAAGCCAGCUGCCUCGAAGGGCAUGGUGCCAGAGGACGCAGUGGAAGCCUUGGCUGGCAGCCUGGGGAAAAAAGCAGCAGAGCCAGAAGAUGGAAAGCCUGUGGAGGAUAAAGUCAAGGAGAAAGCCAAAGAAGAGGAUCGUGAAAAACUUGGUGAAAAGGAAGAAACCAUUCCCCCUGAUUACAGAUUAGAAGAGGCCAAGGAUAAAGAUGGAAAACCACUCCUGCCAAAAGAGCCCAAGGAACCGCUUCCACCCUUGAGUGAAGACUUUCUCCUUGAUGCUUUGUCUAAGGACUUCACCGGUCCCCCAAACACUUCAUCUCUUCAGUUUGAAGAUGCUAAACUUUCAGCUGCCGUCUCUGAAGUAGUUUCCCAAACCCCAGCUCCAACCACCCAGGCUGCAGGUCCACCCCCUGACACUCAGCAGAGUGACAACAAAGAAUUUGACGAUGCCCUGGAUCAACUUUCUGACAGUCUCGGGCAGAGACAGCCGGAUCCAGAUGAGAACAAACCAAUAGAGGAUAAAGUCAAGGAGAAAGCUAAAGCUGAACAUAGAGACAAGCUGGGAGAAAGAGAUGACACUAUCCCACCUGAAUACAGACAUCUCUUGGAGAAGGAUGAUGAGGACAAAUCAGCGAAACCACCUACAAAGAAGCCCGAGGCAUCAAAGAAACCUGCAGAAGCCCAAGACCCCAUUGAUGCCCUCUCAGGGGAUUUUGACAGCUGUUCCUCAACUACAGAAACCUCCCAGGACACAGCAAAGGACAAAAACAAGAAGACGGCUUCCCGCUCCAAAGCACCCAAGAAUGGGGGUAAAGCAAAGGACUCUGCAAAGGCAAAGGAGGAAACUUCCAAGCCAAAAUCUGAUGGAAAUUAAAGUUCACAUUAUUUGGUAUCUGCAUAAAAAAUCUUCAACUGGUAGAUGGUGACUUUUGAAGAACAAAAGGCUUUGACAACAGAAAAUUUUUCUGGGUGGCUUCUAGACAGUGGUCUUUAUUGAGUCUUUUGACAUCCUAAACACUGUUCAUUAUUCUUUUCUUGGAAAGAAACUGAAUUUGUCUGGUUCA